GCAAAUAUCGCAAAGCGAUGUGGAGAACAAGAAAACUUAUUCUCUGUUGGUGAAGAGAUUUGAAGAAACUCGCAACUACUACCAAUUUUAUGUGUUACUAUUUCAUCGUCUCUUCAUUUAGUGAUUGUCAGUGAAUAUAUUGAAACGUCCACUCAAUAAUGUUAGUUGAUAAAGACUGAAAAUACCAGUAAAGUCAACAGCCAAAUUUCUGAGAAGAGAGAAAAAAAUUGUAUCGUUACAAAAACCAGUGACAUUUGGAUACAUCAAUUGUAUGGCUCAAACAAUCUGUAGAUCAGUUAUUAGUGCUUUAAUUUGGAGUUUACUGGCAGUCGUCUAGCGAUGAGAUCAAAAUCAGUGGCGCGAAAACUUGGUCAGGGUAGCAGCGACGAAGGUGAAGUACCAUCAGGUGGUGGUGUCAUUAGUAGCGGUGGAGGUGAAGUUGUUGACAGCUCAGAAAUGGAAGAAUUUACAGAAAACUCAUCGAUAAAACCUAAAAUCGAUGAUAAUAAAUCCUGGGAUUUGUGUAUUCGACAAUCGAGGCCAGAUCAACCAUACGAAUCAAAUUAUCAAGAAACGAUAAAAGACGAGCCAAAAGAUGGAGAUUGGUUAUCACCAGUACCAGAGAUUGAAGUAGAAUACUCAUCCUACGGAAAUCCCUUAGUUAGAGCAAAAAUAAAAAUUCCAAAAGGUGCUAGAUUUGGACCAUUCUUAGGGAAAUGGGUCAGUGAACCACACAAUCUGCGUUACGCAUGGGAGGUUCGUGCCUCCGGAAAUGGAGUCCGAGGAUGGCUGGAUGCUUCUGAUGAAGCCAGUAAUUGGCUUAAAUAUAUUCGCAGCACUAGCAAACUCCACACUAUUAAUAUGCGCCAUGUCUUAAUUAGAGAACAGAUAUGUUACGAAGCUUUGAGAGACAUUGCAGCUAAAGAAGAGCUUUUAAUCGCAAAAGUGCCCAUCCAACUUCAAGAUAUAUCAGACGAACACUUAACGGAAGAUAGAAUUGAUCGCGAGGCUGGUGAGAGUGCAUCACAACAUAGUGAAACUGUUGAUGACGAUCGAGACGACGAAGAAGACUGUGAAAUUAGGUGUACUGUUUGUGAUAAACCAUUCCUAGAUCUUGAUCUAUUAGAUAAACACUUAGUAACGGGUCAUCGUUAUCCAGCUGACCAGCAUAUUUGUGAAUCUUGUCCAAGGGCUUAUUCUUGGCGACCUCUUCUAGUUCGUCAUCGUGCAAUUGUUCACGGAGAUCUCCGUAAAUAUCCUUGUGAAAAUUGUCCAAAGUCGAACACGCCACAGGUUUUUACAGAUCCGUCGAAUCUUCAACGACACAUCAGGUCCAAUCACGUAGGAGCAAGAAGUCACGCUUGUACAGAGUGUGGUAAAACAUUUGCUACAAGUUCAGGAUUGAAACAACAUACUCAUAUACACAGCAGCGUAAAACCAUUCCAGUGCGAAGUUUGUUUUAAAGCUUACACGCAGUUUUCCAAUUUAUGUCGUCACAAACGUAUGCAUUCAACGUGUCGUAUGCAACAGAAUUGUCUUAAAUGUGGUCAAUCAUUCAGCACAGGAACUUCUUUAUCAAAACAUAAACGUUUUUGCGAUUCAACUACACCUACUGGAACUCCACGACCACCUGGAGCGAUGCCACAACUACCAGUCUCAGCACCAAAUCCUUUUCUCGUUUACCCUCGACCACCAGUUUCUCUUCCUGGUGGACUUUCUUUUUAUCCACCCAAUUUAAUGACUCCGUAUCCUGGAAUAUUUCCAAAUACUCCUAGUUUCUUGAAUACACCAUUACUGUUUCCACCUAAAAUAAAAGAUGAAUUAAAACGUAGUGACAGUCCGAAAAAAGAAAAAUAUACUCCACCUCCAGUUCUACCACAGUCUAAUAAAAUAUCUCCAUCAAUGGCUGAAGAAGCUACAUCAACAUUUAGACCAUCUCCAGCUCGACCGAGUGUUCAACGCACUCCUGACAGCGAUGACGAUAUGAAAAAACCAGAUAUAAAAUCAAUUAAAAUAAAAGCAGAGACGUCAGAACCUACAUCAUCGACAGAGCAGACCACUACGGAUCAACCACUUGAUUUAAGAAUUUUAAAGAAACGUAAGAUACGUGAACAACGUGAUGAAACAAGUCUUAGCCCAGUUCCUUCUAUUUCUGUUCCUCCCUUACCUCCUCCACCACCACCACCAUUACCAUCAUUACGUCAAGAAUCAACAUCUUUGGAACUUCAAAAAGGUAUAGAAGAAGACAAGAUGCAAGUAGACCUUAAGAAUAUUGUGAGCCCUCAGUCUUCGUGUCUCAAUGUUUCACAAGAACAACGACCAACAAAUACUUCACCUCACAUGGCUUAUCCAAGACCAAUUCAUCCAAUGUUUUUAGAAGCAAUAUAUCGAACGCCUAGUACAACAUUUGCAGCAUUUCCUGGAGGACCACCUCCACCUAGUGGUCCAACAGAAUCUCACUUACUUUCAUCACUUCAUCCAUUUGGUCCACCGCGGCUCCCUUUUUUAGGCAAUAUCAUGAAUGGAUUGAGCGGUGCUGGACCAGGAGAAGGUUAUAAAUUAUUAGCUCGGUCACCAUUAGGUGCCUUUACCAACAUGAAACCUUUCCAAAAUUCAGUUUUAACGCAUCAUCACCCUCAUCAUCAUACACCUGGUAAAAUAAAGGAUCGUUAUUCAUGCAAAUUUUGCGGUAAAGUCUUUCCUAGAUCAGCUAAUUUAACUCGUCACUUACGGACCCACACUGGUGAACAACCAUACAAGUGUAAGCAUUGCGAAAGAUCUUUUAGUAUUUCUAGUAAUCUUCAACGACACGUUAGAAAUAUUCAUGAUAAACAAAGACCAUUUAAAUGUCCACUUUGUGAACGUUGCUUUGGACAGCAGACUAAUUUAGACCGACAUCUAAAGAAACAUGAAGCAGAUGAUGGUAGUGUAGUUGUUUCUGUUGCUGAUUCACCGAGUAGUAGUAACGAUAAUGAACGAGAAGAUACGUAUUUUGAUGAAAUAAGAUUAUUUAUGGGUAAAGUCACAUACGGUGGAGAUGCUGGCUACGGCUCACAACUUUCUACGUAUUUACCUGAAAGUAGAUUACAUGAAAAUAAAAACGAAAGAGAUUUCGAUGAUGACGAUGAUGAUGAUGAAUACAGUGAAGAGGGUGCUUCACCACUUGAAGAAAAUGAUGCAUUAUCGCCACUAGUGGGGAAAGAGUCACCACCAACACAGCAAUAUGAACUUAAGUGUAGAAAUAAACAAGAGCUUUUAAAUAAUAACACUACUGAACCAGUAAUAGAAAUUUCAACAUAGUCCUAAAGUCAAUUAUUUAUUAAUUAUUAUUAAAUUAUAUUCUUUAGUAAUACUUCUAAUUUUUGAAUGGUUUCAAUUGAAACUAUAUUAUAAUUAUUUAAAAAUAAUCAUGGCAUCAUAUUCGCAUCUGUUCAAAAUUCCAAUAGCACUUAAUGUUUUAAUGCAAUUGUAUUUAAGAAAGUGCUCUGUCGGUGGCUAGUAUAAUAAAAUAUUAAUCCGUACUUAAAACGGUUCGUGAUAUUUAAUUGUUCGUAUGAAAUUUUUUUGUUUGUAGACAAUUUUCAAAAAAUAUGAAUAAAUAAAAUUUAAAUGCAUUAAAUACAAACAAAAUUUUUAUUCUUUGAUUAUUAUUAGAGAAGAAGAUUCAUUGCACAUUACUUUAUCAUGCAUUUCAUACAAUUAUUAUCAUUAUUACUAUCACUAUCGUCACAUUAUUAUGAUUAUUAUUAUUAUUAUUAUUAUUAUUACUAUUAUGAUUGUUUUAUUUUAAUUGUUAAAUAAAUAUCAUAUAAAUUAUUUAUCAUCAACCAUUAAAUACUAGUAUGAAAGAAAUUUAAGAUAAUUAAAUUAAAAUUUGAGAAAAAAGACGAUUGCCAAGAGUUUACGCAUCGUUGUGAUAGCAGAUACGAUAAAAUCGUUAUUAUUUGCAAGUAUAUAUAAUUAAAAAUGUAAACAUGAAUAUUAAAAAUAGAUGAUUAAAUAAUAAAUAAAUAAAAUGCUUAAAUGGCGAAAGUACUUUUGAGUUGAGUGAAAAAAUAAAUGAUAAACAAAAAAGGUGUAAUUAAAAAAUUGUAAUUGAGUUCCUGUACAAAUUGACAUUAGAAAAUAACAUUUGUAAAAUAUAUAUAGAUUUAUAAUUUUUAUUAAUUUAUGAAAAUAUUAGCGGUUUAUUGUGGUAGCAUUGCUAAAAAAAUAAUUAUGAAAAAUAAUUAUUAAUCA